AAAGAUCGCCAGCCGAAACUUAAGAUUGAUUCAGAAAUCAAAGCAAAUCAGUUGAGUAUUUUCUUUAUUCCCUUCCGAACCUUUCGCUACCUUGUCGCAAUAAAAAGGUUUCAUUGAUGAGUAAUAUGAUAUUAUUCAAUUGCCUUGUAAUAUGUGCCUGUAUAUUCACUUCUGGAGCGCAGGACUCUUCAUUGAAGGACUUGAUUAAUGACAUCUUCAAAACCGAUGAAACCCCCAGUUCCACCACACAAGCCCCAAUAGGCAGUUCUGUUGCUCCUGUUGUCAACCCAAAAGACUCCGGAUCAGGAUCAGGAUCUGCCCAAUAUCAGUCAUGCGGUGAUCAAAAAGAAUGUGUACCUCGUUGGUUGUGUGCAAAUGGCACGAUUAACACCAGUGGCGAAGGUACAAUUGAUAUUCGAAUCGAUUCGGGAUCAGAGUGCAAAAACUAUUUGGAUUUAUGCUGUGAUAUUCCAAAUAAGAGACCCGAUCCAAUAUUCCCAAUAUCCGAAAUUCCCGAAGGCUGUGGAUAUAAAAAUUCCAACGGCGUGGGAUUUAAAAUUACCGGGGCUGAAAACCAGGAGACCGAAUUCGGGGAAUUCCCUUGGAUGCUAGCAAUUCUUCGAGAAGAUGGCCAACGUAGCUUCUACGAAUGCGGAGGUGCUUUGAUAGCUCCAAAUGUGGUUUUGACUGCAGCUCAUUGUGUUCGAAACAAACAGCCAAGUUCCAUUGUUGUGAGAGCUGGCGAAUGGGAUACUCAAACAACGAAUGAAAUCAUACCUCAUGAGGACCGCUAUGUCAAGAAUAUAGUUUAUCAUGAACAGUUUAACAAAGGAGCCCUUUAUAACGAUGUGGCAGUUAUGUUACUGGAAAGCCCAUUUACCUCCCAAAUGAACAUCCAACCUGUUUGCCUGCCCAAUCUGGGUGAUAACUUCGAUUUCGAACGUUGUUAUGCAACUGGUUGGGGCAAAAACAAGUUCGGCAAAGACGGAGAAUACCAAGUUAUCCUGAAGAAGGUGGAUAUGCCCGUGGUGCCGGAGGAACAGUGCCAGACGAACUUGCGCGAAACCCGCCUCGGAAGGCACUUCAAUCUCCACGACAGCUUCAUUUGCGCUGGUGGAGAAAAGGAUAAGGAUACGUGCAAGGGCGAUGGCGGAUCCCCUUUAGUAUGCCCGAUUAAGGGCCAAAAGGAUCGAUUUAAGUCAGCUGGUAUUGUUGCCUGGGGAGUCGGUUGUGGAGAAGAAAACAUCCCCGGAGUGUAUGCCAGCGUUGCCAAACUUCGUCCAUGGAUUGACGCCAAACUAAAAAUAUGGGGUAUUGACCCCAAAUACUAUACUCCCUAAAACAAGUUGUAAUAUUAAUUUCUACUUUUUUAUCAAUUGAACAAAACAUAAUAUUAAUGAAAUAAUAUUACAUAUUAAAAAAGUUAAGGUUUUAAGCAACUCAAGAUCGUAUAUCAAAUAUAUUGUGUUUAGAGAUUUAAAUAUUAAUGAAAUAAUAUCACAUAUUUUAUGUUUUGAGUUUUAAA